UUGGUGCAUCUUGUUUUACAGAAAAGAAAUUCCACGCCAUGGAUUUUGCCCAUCAUCUCCUGCUCUUCAGCUUCUCCCUCCUCUUCCUUCCUCCCGCCUCUUCUCUCGCCGUCCAACGCUGCAGCCCAAAAGACAAAAGUUCCCUCCUCGAUUUCAAAAAUAGCUUCUCCAACCACAACGUCCUGCAAUCCUGGACGCCCGAGACGGACUGCUGUGACUGGUACGUUGUCGAUUGCGACGAGAAGACCAACGUCGUCACUGGCCUCACAAUAACGUACGGCGAGAUCGCAGGGCGCAUCCCCGACGCCGUCGCACGCCUCACCCACCUCCGAAUCCUCCGCCUCAAGAAGCUCCCCAACCUCAUUGGGGAAAUCCCACCGUCCAUCGCAAACCUCACCCACCUCGUCAGCCUCCAGCUCAGCUGGACCAAUAUCUCUGGUCCAGUCCCCGCAUUUCUCGCCAAUCUCCGAAAUCUCUUAUUUCUCGACCUCUCCUACAACAAACUCUCCGGGUCGAUUCCGCCCACCCUCGCGAAUCUCCCCAAGAUACUCGCUAUCCAGCUCGACCGUAACCGGCUGACCGGUUCGAUACCAGAAUCUUUCGGUCAUUUCACGGGGACCGUACCGAAUCUCAUAUUGUCGCACAACCGGCUUUCCGGUGAGAUACCGGCAUCUCUCGGUAACAUGGAUUUCACGGUGAUCGAUUUCUCGCGCAAUAAUCUCGUGGGCGACGCUUCGAUGUUGUUUAACGCGUCGAAGAAGACGCAGCAGAUCCAUAUCUCGCGAAAUAUGCUUGAAUUCGAUUUCUCGAGAACGGGAUUCCCGCCCGCCACGCUGAUCGCUCCGGACAUCUCGCACAACAAGAUUCGGGGGAAUAUUCCGUCGCAGAUAACGGACGCCAUUUUCCUGCAGUUCUUGAACGUGAGCUACAACCGCAUGUGCGGGGAGAUCCCACAGGGGUGGAAGCUGAAAUAUCGGGCCGAGGAAUUCGAUUACUCGUCUUUCUUCCACAACCGUUGUCUAUGUGGGCCCCCGCUCCAAGCGUGUCAAACUGAUGGCAUAAAAGCAAAAGCAGGAAAGCUACCUAUUUGUUCACUAACUCAGGAUUGUCAACGAUUUCAUGAGCCUGCCGGUAUCUUGUGGACCCGAUCUGAUUUUAACUUCUCUGUGUCCGGCUCAUCUUUGAAAGUCGAAUUUUUACCAACAGCCCAACAAGAGCAUCAAGAUGCACAUCUCGAAUUUCUCGACCUCUCCUUCAACAAACUCUCCGGGUCGAUUCCGCCCACCCUCGCGAAUCUCCCCAAGAUACUCGCUAUCCAGCUCGACCGUAACCGGCUGACCGGUUCGAUACCAGAAUCUUUCGGUCAUUUCACGGGGACCGUACCGAAUCUCAUAUUGUCGCACAACCGGCUUUCCGGUGAGAUACCGGCAUCUCUCGGUAACAUGGAUUUCACGGUGAUCGAUUUCUCGCGCAAUAAUCUCGUGGGCGACGCUUCGAUGUUGUUUAACGCGUCGAAGAAGACGCAGCAGAUCCAUAUCUCGCGAAAUAUGCUUGAAUUCGAUUUCUCGAGAACGGGAUUCCCGCCCGCCACGCUGAUCGCUCCGGACAUCUCGCACAACAAGAUUCGGGGGAAUAUUCCGUCGCAGAUAACGGACGCCAUUUUCCUGCAGUUCUUGAACGUGAGCUACAACCGCAUGUGCGGGGAGAUCCCACAGGGGUGGAAGCUGAAAUAUCGGGCCGAGGAAUUCGAUUACUCGUCUUUCUUCCACAACCGUUGUCUAUGUGGGCCCCCGCUCCAAGCGUGUAAAACUGAUGGCAUAUGAUGUCCAUGUGGGGUCCAAGCGUGUAAACUGGUAGCAAAUGAAUAACUACCUGGAAUUUUG